AUGGGUUUCAACUUUGCAUCUGGUAUUGAUUAUGUGCAGCAGACGAUGUAUCGAACUGUAGUUCUUCGCUGUGAGUGCGGUUUUUCGAAAGCAAUGUGGACUUUAAAUUCGUCUUCAAUAUCUAACAAGCAUGGGAAAAUUUUGAUUUCGGGAGACACACUCAAAAUAUUUGACCUCAGACGUGGGGACGCUGGUAUAUAUACGUGUUAUGAUGCCUUCUAUGAAUCUGAAGCAUGCGUUUCGAUUAGUCUGGUUGUAAAUGAUCCUGAGCCUUAUUAUAAAGCGGUUCACGAAAAUUCUGUUCCUGAUUCAGAAGAAAAUGAACGAGACAGACCUUACUGGCAUCCCAAGAUGAAAAAUACACCUGCAUUCUAUGAGUUUGUUAAAGAACCGCUAAGGCUGGCGUGCUUUUUCUACUUCAUGAAUAAAUCUAUUGUCCCUGUUGCAGAGUGGGGACUUCCUCGUGAUCAUGAUGAGCUAAACGUGAAAGAUUCAUUGAAAAAGCCCAGAACUAUAGAUUGCAAUUCUAUUGAGGAAACGCAACGCAACCUAUCGGGCAUCUGCUAUGUAAUGGAAAUAACAAUUCACUCAAUCAGUGGAACAGAUACAUUCGAUUGCAUUGUUCGAACGCCAAAUAAUAGAAACGUAGCCAUUAGUAACUCAUACACAGUACUCCAAAAAUUGACACACCUAUUCGCAUUUGAUUUAAGUGAUACAGACUUUGAUGACUUUGAGCCACCGAAAUUUGAAUUGAUUGAUGAAUUGCGUUUACCAAGUGGAACAAAUUCAAGUAGUGUAGACUAUGAAGACUCAUAUUCAGACAUGUCUAUGGGAGAAAGCUCAGUAAAUCUAAGACAACACUUGAAUUUAUCAGCGCUUAUUCUGUCUACUUAUGAUGAGUUCUCUUUUUAUCCACUAAAAAGAAUAGCUUGCUUGUCAGAGGAAGUUACUUUAGUCUGUGAAAUCCCAAAAUCUACAAGUCAGCUGGAAAUCUGGUAUUUUGGCAAAUUGGGUGAACAGUCGAAACUCCUAAAAUAUUCAAAAGUUUCUGAUAUGUUCAACAAUAACGACAAGAGAUAUGUACAAUUUGAUAACAGUAUUACACUGAAAAUAACAAACUUAUCUUUAUUGAAUAGUGGAAUGUACGUAUGCAAAAAUGCUUUUCUUUAUAAAAAUAUCAGUAUAACAGUUAUGGAUUGUUCAAAAUUAGACUUUAUAUACAAAUUUCUGCCUCCUAUACUAAUUUGGGUGAUUCUGUUUGUUACUGUCUCAACUAUCCCCUUGUCUAUGAUAUUUUGUCUACGUGCUAAGCGUAGGUCAAAGCGAACAAUUGUCUCUUUACCAAUUGACUUCAAGGAUAAACAUGUAAAGCCAAAACGUGUUAAUGUUACGCAUAGAAUUAAUAUACUGUACGGUGAUCCAUCACAAAGUCAAUCACUUCUAUUUCCUUCAUCCUCAUCGUCGUCGUCGUCGUCCACAUCACCAUUCGAUUCAUCUCCAUUAUCCACUACUACUUUCACUGAUCCUAAUACUAGUGCUAGUACUACUACUACUACAACUGCCAGCAACACGACUUUAGACAAUUGGAUUAUGGAGACGUUAACAUUAUUGUCACAGAAAUUACUUCAUCAACAAAUGAAGUAUUUAUCGCAUGAACAAAAUAUUAUUUGUCACUUUCAUAUCUUAUUAAUGAAUUGGUUACGUCACUAUUUAUCUUCUAAUCCUAAUGCAUUUACACCAAGAUCGUCAUUCAUUCUUGAAGAAGAUAUUAUUGUUGGUGAAGGUACUUAUGGAAUUGUAUAUAAAGGAAAGUUACGUAAUCCAAAUCAUGGGAAUAACUGCACAACUGCUGUCUCACACAUUGAUAUUGCUAUAAAAACACUAAAAAAUGGAUUUCAAGAACGACAAUUCAUUAAUUUGAUUAGGGAGCUGAAAAAUUUAACUCUAUUAAAACAACAUCCACAUAUAAUUCACUGCUAUGGAAUGUGCAUAUAUCAAGGUCAACCAUUUAUCCUCCUUGAGUUAGCCGUACACGGAAAUUUACGAGAUUUUCUCAGAAAUCUUCGACCGCCUGGCAUUGAUCUCAGUGAUCAUCAGAUCUUCAUUGAUCAAAUAACAAGUCCACGUUAUGUCAAUAUGCAUAAAUUAGAGGAUUUGGAAAAGUUAUUGCCUGGAUUCUCUGUGAAAGAGCAGAUAGGAAAUCUGUUAACAUUUGCAUUAAACAUAGCUGAUGCAUUAAUGUAUUUUGAAUCCUUGUCACUUAUCCACAGAGAUGUUGCAGCGCGUAAUGUCGUUAUUACAGAGGGUUAUGUUGCCAAACUCUGUGAUUUCGGGUAUACAUCUACACUGGAUGAAUGUAAUUAUGGUUACUUACAGAUGGAUAAGGAUUAUUUACCAUUACGUUGGAUGGCUCCAGAGUGUGUUGAUACGAAUUAUUUCACUUCAAAAUGUGAUGUAUGGUCGUUUGGUAUACUAUUAUGGGAGUUAUUCACUCUCGGUAAUACACCAUAUUCUGAAAUUGCUACAGAUGAGGUAAUUGAUUGGGUAAACCAGGGAAAUCGUAAUCCUCGACCAUACUUAUCAACUGAAGCAGUCUAUCAAUUAAUGCUUGACUGUUGGUCACAAGAACCUGAUAAUCGACCGGGAUUUUCUGAAAUAUAUACACGAAUUACAUCUAUGAUUCCAAACUCCACCGAGAAUUGUUCAAGCGAUUAUGUUAGGGGAUAUGUUGAAAUCCUCGCAGAUGUUGACGAAUACUUAACUCCUCGUCAAUAA